AUGGGGCACCAGACUCCAUGCUGCUUGACCAGGUCACCUCUGGGUGAGUCUGUGUUCUUACCGCUAAAACUGGAUCAGGAGAACUGGAAGCAGGAGAAAUGUGAAGAGGUCUCUAAGAGGCCUGGGAACACCAGCCACUAUAGGGGACCUCCUUCUGGCAGGGAAGCUCCGGGUGUGGGAGGAUCUGUGUUCAGGGGCGCGUGCCUCCCUGCCAGUAUCCUUCGGGCGGACGUUGAGCUCAGAUGCUACGGUGGUGGGUGGCGCGAGCUGGAGCAGGUGCGGAGGAGCUGCGGUUGGAUGGGGAGAGGUCUGGAGGGGAGUCAGGUCCGGGAAGGGGUGAGUAACUGGAUCCUAUGCUGCUGUUUUUCAGGGAGACCAAAAUGCUGCUCGCUUCACCUUGGAAUCCUUCCCCUCAUAGUGCUUGCCUUGGUCUUCUUUAGCUAUGGGUUCGUGAGCCACAGAAGCCAGGAAUUGGGAGACUCAGAAGCUGAGACUAGAAUGGUCUAUGCCCAGCCAAAGGUGCUAACACCCAGUAGGAAUGAUGUUCUUGUCUUGACUCCUUGGCUGGCUCCUAUCAUCUGGGAAGGCACCUUCAACAUUGACAUUCUGAAUGAGCAGUUCAGGCUUCAGAACACCACAGUUGGACUGACCGUGUUUGCUAUCAAAAAGUACGUGGUGUUCCUGAAACUGUUCCUGGAGACGGCAGAGCAGCACUUCAUGGUGGGACACAAGGUCACCUACUAUGUCUUCACUGACCGUCCAGCCGAUGUGCCGCAGGUGCCGCUAGGAGCAGGCCGGAAGCUGGUGGUGCUGACUGUGCGCAACUACACCCGGUGGCAGGAUGUGUCCAUGCACAGGAUGGAGAUGAUCAGCCGCUUCUCAGAGCAGCGCUUUCUGCAUGAGGUGGAUUACCUGGUGUGUGCAGAUGUGGACAUGAAGUUCAGUGACCACGUGGGUGUGGAGAUUCUCUCAGCACUCUUCGGCACCCUGCAUCCUGGCUUCUACAGUAGCAGCCGAGAGGCCUUUACCUAUGAGCGCCGGCCGAAGUCCCAGGCCUAUAUCCCCCGGGAUGAGGGUGACUUUUACUACAUGGGGGCCUUCUUUGGGGGGUCAGUGGUGGAGGUGCACCGUCUCACCAAGGCCUGUCAUCAGGCUAUGGUGAAGGACAAGGCCAAUGGCAUUGAGGCCGUGUGGCAUGAUGAGAGCCAUCUGAACAAGUACCUUCUAUACCACAAGCCAACUAAGGUGCUGUCCCCAGAGUACAUGUGGGACCAGAAGCUGCUGGGCUGGCCCUCCGUCAUGAAGAAGCUGAGAUAUGUGGCUGUACCCAAGAACCAUCAGGCAAUCAGGAACCGAUAGCUGAAUUCCUAUUGGAAAGGCCAGACCUAUAUCCAGGGCACUCCAGGCUGUAUGGAACUGGAAGGAUUUGAGAGACACUGCUGAAGUGUCACCCUCUACCCCACCUCAGUCUCCAGCAGCUCUGGUACCAACCACUUGGUUUAGCAUACACUGAGCCCCUGGAGUGACAGCCCCCUUCAGCUCCCACUGUGUCUCUGUGCUCCUAUUCAGUGAGAUGGUAGCAGGAGCCUCCAGAACAUGGGAGAAACUCUUUAUCAUGCACUACCUAAGGACCUGCACUUCCUAACUCAGCUUGCCCCCUCCUCUGCUAGGAGGUUGUUGGGUUCCCCUGCCACUGAUGCAAUAAUCGAAGUUAAACCAAAUUAAUAAACCCAGGUCUAAUGAA